ACUGAACAUUAAACACACUCAGCAUCACCAUACUGACAAGUCAGCAGAGAAAAAGAAGGCAAGCCUCUGGGACCAGGAACUAAAAUUAUUUCUACAACUAACGUCAUGAUGUUAAUUGUGGUGCUAAUCUGCUUUAUUACUUUUGUGAAUCAGUCAACACUUGGCCAAGCUAGUGUUCCAGACUAUGAACAACCAAAGGUCCAGUGUCCUGAUGAUAUUCUGAUCAACUCAAAAGGAAGGUCUGAGAUAGUGUCUUGGAAAGUAAUAGCAACAGAUAAUUCAGGUGUAACACCAACAAUCUCAUGUUCACCUAAAAAUGGUACAUCAAUGCGUGUUCCUAGCCAUGAUAUAGUUGGAUGUGAAGCUAAAGAUGCUGCUGGAAACUAUGCCCAUUGCUUCUUUUCUAUUGACGUUAAAGAUGUUGCACCACCAAAAAUAACAUGCCCACCAGAUGUAAAUAUCGUUUCUGAUAAAUCACAAUUGAGGGUGAACUAUGGAAGGCUUGAGGUUCCUGAAGACAAUGAUGGACUACCACCAUCUGUGUAUUGCAGUAGACAAAGUGGAGCCAUGACAUCCAAUCCAGGACAAUACACAAUAACAUGUACAGCUCAAGACCAAUCCCUUAACACAGCAUCUUGCUCUAUCAAAGUCACCUUGACAUCACCAAAAUGCAAAAUGUUUCCUCCACCAAUAAAUGGAGCACUGGCUUGUAAUGAUCUCAGCGCCAGCCUUAAAGUCUGCACAGUUUCUUGCAAUGAAAAGUAUGACUUUGAAUAUAAACCUGCUCAUGCGUACACAUGCCCAUAUGGACAUUGGGUGAACCUGUUUGGUGGACGUACACGCUGGCCUAAUUGCACAGUGAAAUCAAAUUCUAAAAAGUUGAUGAAAGACUCAAUGUUUUACUACAAAGGAAAUCCCAAAGACCCAGCAGUUACUCAGCAAAUCCAACAGAAUUGGGUUGGUAUACUUCACAAUGUCAAUUUGGUACCUCCUUAUCUUUGCAUAGGGAAACCAGAAUGCAAGGCUAGCAAUGUCAAAGUUAUUGCUGGAUGAAAUCUUUAAAUACAUUGGAAACAGAAUUGUUUAAGAUUUUAGCAAUUUAAUGUGUCAGUUAACAAAAGGAAUUUUAUAUAAUAAAUAUAACAAGGGACAUAAA